UACACAUAUUUAUUUAUACUUGAAAUGAGGACAGCAAAGAAAACAGUGUUUGUCACUGUGGGUACUACUAAAUUUGAUGACUUAAUUAAAACAGUACUCACUUCAGAAAUUUUACAGGCAUUAUCAUUAAAAGGCUACAAUGAAAUGAUUUUACAAAUUGGUAAAACUGUUUUUGUACCUGAUUGUACAUUACAUUAUGGUUUUGUCAAUAUAGAAUAUUUUAACUUAUGUUUUAACAUACAAGAGUAUGUAGAGAAUGCAGAUCUGAUCAUAAGUCAUGCAGGAGCAGGUAGUAUUCUUGAUGCGUUAGAAAAGAGAAAGAACUUGAUUGUAGUUACAAAUCAAAGUUUAAUGGAUAAUCAUCAGUUAGAAUUAGCUGAGCAACUUUAUAAAGAUGAACAUUUGUACUACUGUACCUGCGAAACAUUAUUAGAUACUAUUCAAACAAUGGAUUUUACAAAACUAAAACCAUUUAUCAGUGGAAAAAGUAAACGUAUUGCUGAGUUUAUAGAUCAAAUAAUGGGAUUUUCAGUUUAAAAACGUAUUGAGAAAUAUUUGAAAACAAAUAUAACAUUUAUUUCUACACAACAAUAAACUUUUAAAGGGUUAAUUGAUGUCAUUUAAUAUAUUUUAGUUUUUACAUGUGUUACAGUAUGAGUAUAUAACAGUUUCAAUUAUUUGUUAUAACAGAUAUAGCUUUGAUAUAAUUUACAACAAUAAGAAUUGCUUAAAUAACGGUUUCUUAAAAUUAUGGUGUAAUGGCAUAGAAAAAUUCAUAAUUUGCAAGUUAAAAAAAUGAUGAGUAACAACGGCAGUUCUUGUUAAAUAUUUUUUUACAUAUUAUCUUUGGACAUUUGCUAUCAUUAAAAUAAAAGCUAUAUCGAUAAAAGUAUUCUUUUGAACACUAUAGUGUUAAAAUAAAUUCAGUUCUCCAACAAAUUUUCCUGUUACUUUCAUAAGUUUUGUAUUUAGGAAUGAAGUAGACAGCCAACUUCGUACGACGAUGAGUAUAGGUAUUGCGUUGUUAGCAAUUUAAAGAAUUCACACAUUUCAAUGUGUUGCAUUGUUUCGUUUUUUUAGAUGAUCUCAUUAUUUAUACUUUAAAUUUAUUGUACGAAGAUACAUCCACAUGAGGCAAACUACAUAUAUAUAUAGCGACAUGUGUCUUUAAUUACACACCAA